ACUCCCUCCGCUUCCCUCUCGAGUCCACUCUCGCAUCAAUUUUCCCCCCCUCUUGCUCAACCAUCAGAAUUCAGCUGCCUAUCGGGGUUGAGCGACACGCACGACAGAUGUGAGGCGCAACGCACCAGCAGAUAGGCACAUGUCAAGCUGGAGCGCAGCGCUAGAACUUGGCGAGCUCGACCUUGAUUCGGCUUUCCGGGACGCCGUCCUCUCCCAACUGCGACAAAGCUUCGACCGGAUGAACUCCUCAACCUCUACCGCGACUCCCCCACAACAUGCGUUCGAGAAACGGGCCGCCGAUGUCAAGGCGCCCAAGAGUGAUAUCAAUGCUCUGAUUCUCGACUACCUGUUGAUGGAAGGGUAUCCCAAUGCCGCUGCCAAGUUCUGUAAGGAAGCAAACUUGCAGCCGCAGCAACCGGACCCUUCAGUCCAGACUCGUCAGGAGAUUCAGCAUGCCAUCCAUAGCGGCAACAUCGAAGCGGCCAUAUCGGCCCUCAACAAGCUGGAUCCAGAGCUGCUCGACACAGACCCAAAGCUGCACUUUUCGCUCCUCCGGCUGCAGCUGGUUGAGCUCAUCCGCCAGUGCAACAACGGGGACGUCACGCCGGCCUUGGAGUUUGCAACCAAGAAUUUAGGCCCACGCGCGGCUGCCAACCGCGAGUUCUUGGAGGACCUUGAGCAGACCAUGGCGCUCGUCAUCUUUCCUCACGACAAGAACCUGCGGCCGGAACUCGCGAGCUUGCUCAGCCCGGACCUUCGUCGAACCACUGCGGCGAGGGUCAACGAGGCGAUGCUUCUGCGGCAGAACCAGCGCAGGGAGGCUGCUAUCCGCCAGUUGGUGCGCAUGCGGGCCUGGGCGGAGACAUCAGCUCGGGCCAAGAAGAAGGAUCUGCCCGAGUCCAUCGAGCUAGGUCUCAAGGCCGACAGUCCCGAGGGCCCCGGCGCUGGCGAGGGUGACCACGAGGCAAUGAUUACAACAUGAGUAAUGGCUUGUAUGACUGGAAUGGUGGCGUCUUUACCUGUUUCCUUUCCCUUUAGGCUCUGUUUUUUUCUUUUUCGGAUGCGAACUAUUUGGGUAUGCGCGGGUAUUAUCAGGUCGGCUUAGGCGUUAGGGGCAUGGCACCGCUGGGGAGACUAGAACAUGGUCCCUCAAUAGGGAUGGGCACGGGUAUGGGUAUUCUGGGGAAGCAUGAUGAUGGCGUUGUUAUGACAGUUUUUACCUGUGGUGUGCUCGGAA